CCACAGUAGAACCAAAACGGUAAAUGAUCUGACACGUGGCAAAUUAUAAUCCGGGGCGGUUCUACAACCGGGUCAUUGGGCAUGGGUGAUGCCGUGAUGGGACCAAGCUUUGCCGGAGAAUCUAGACAUCUACUACUGUAAAGUGUAAACAAGGGAGAGAGGAAAAAUCACUUCACGCCUUCACGGGCUUCAUAAAUUUCGGCCCACGCGAAUAUUCUCGCGUCACCUCUGACCUCCCGUCUCUUGCGGAUAAGUCGAAACGCGUCCCUUUUGUGGGGCCUAGACCACUCAUGCGGUCGACGUGGCACGUGGGCUGCCGAAUAUUCUGUGCCAAAAUUGCCGGCGAAUCUUCCACGCUGGCUUCCACGUGGCUCAUCCUCGCCUUCCCUGUUACGCACCCAACACUCAUUCGCUGAUUGAAUAAUCUUUCUCGGAAUUUCUUCUCUGUUCUCUGCUUUUAUCUCUUUAACCCUUCCAUGUUCUUAUUUCGCGAAUCUUGGCCCCUUUUUUCUUUUUCUAAUUUUUUUCCUCUCUUCAUCUCGUUGUCCGUUAAAGUUAAAGCUCUAUCUCAUCUCUGUAGUCUCUUCUUUAAGUCUUGAUCGGAGCCUCUCUCUAUCUUGCUUUCUCUGAACUCUUCGUUUUGUUCGUGUUAAAGAUCAUUAUCCGAUCAAACAGCAGUUCAAAUUGAGAAACAUUUCAAAGUCAUCAGUGCAUUAUCAGGAUUUCUUCACCAAAUCUUCUCCUUUUGCAUCAAAAUCUUCAUCCAAACAGUUCGACCAAAAGGAUCUAGCUAUUUUGAUUCCAAGAGGUGGACCAGGUGGUAGCUUUUGUUACAGAGACAAGAACGCAUCUGCUUUACGGCUUCCUCAGACAAAUCAACAGCUUCUUCUGUACAAAAAAAAAAAAAUCCCUCUAUCUGGCUCUGCACUUUCAUCUUUUGAUGCAUUAUCCAUUGAAGGCGAGACUUGUUGACAAAGAAUGAGAAUUCGAAUCGGGGACUUUUCGCGGUACGAACACAAUAAGGCAAAUGGAGAGCGAGAGUUACAUUAAGGAAAGCAAAAGGCGUAUGACUUAUGAAGAAGUGGAAUAAGCUUUUUAAACAAGGACGGAAAUCGGAAAAAUCCAACGUAUUUCCUGAAUAGUUCCUAUCCAGGGAAAUCAAAUUUCCGGCUUUGGAGCGACUGUGGUGGCGCCGACGGAGACGGCAGCGGUGGCGGAAGUGGUGGUGAUGAGAUGGAGAGGACCUGUGGGAGCUAUGCGUUGGAGACGGGAAUGGUUCUGUCCCGGGAUCCUAAACCCCGGCUGAGGUGGACGCCAGAUCUUCACGACCGGUUUGUUGAUGCCGUGACAAAGCUAGGUGGACCCGACAAAGCAACACCCAAGUCAGUGCUGAGGGUGAUGGGCCUAAAAGGAUUGACAUUGUACCAUUUGAAGAGCCAUUUACAGAAGUAUAGACUUGGAAAGCAAUCGAAGAAAGGAACCAAUAUAGAGCAGGCUAAGAGCGAAGAACUAAGCGUGGACAGUGUUGGAGACUCUGGUUAUAACCACAUGCAUUUUUCGGCGACAAGCAGCAGCACUUCUAAAGAGAACAGUGAAAGAGGAAUACCAAUAGCAGAGGCAUUAAGGUAUCAGAUUGAGGUGCAGAGAAGACUGCAAGAGCAACUUGAGGUGCAGAAGAAACUACAGAUAAGAAUUGAAGCACAAGGGAAGUAUUUACAAGCCAUAUUAGAGAAAGCCCAGAAGAGCCUUUCCACUGAUACGAAAUGCCCAAGGAGUUUAGAAGCCACAAGAGCCCAACUGACUGACUUCAAUUUAGCACUUUCAGGUCUCAUGGAGAACAUGAACCAAGUGAGGGAAGAUGAGAGCAAAGGUGAAAUGAUAGGGAAGAGUUUAUUGAAUGAUAACCAGGAGAACAAUCACAGUUCAGGUUUCCAGCUUUACCGGGAGUUAGAAGAAGCAAAGAAGAAAGAAAUUAAGAUCAAGGUUGAGGAGAGCUCCUUACUUUUUGAUCUGAAUGUUAAAGGUGGCUAUGAUUUCCUUGGGCCCAAGGGAAGCGAGUUAGACCCCAAUAUGAAUAUACAGAGGAUAUAAAGAUUUUAUAUGGAGAUGAUCUACUUGAAGGCUUAACGCACUCUAGAAAGUUCUAUCCUGACCAGUCUUCUAAGUUUUGUGUAAUUCUGUAUAAUUUAGACUUGAAUGUCAGAAAGUAUUCUAUUUUGCCAAAAUGGGUAGUUAAGCAUGGCCCUCCUAAAUAUUGAUUUUGAGCCA